AUUUACUCGGUGGACACACCUGAUGGUAUUCUAAUUCGCACGCGCAAGGAGAUCGUACGUCGCCAUGAUCGCUACUAUCAUUCAGUUGUUUCUCGUGUUUAUUCUGUCUUGUUUGAUUGUAUUUUAUUUCUUCUCACGAAGCAAUUAUGGCUACUGGAAAGACAGAGGCGUUCCUUACGAUGAGCCCAAACUAUUCUUUGGAAGCCUUUCAUUUCUCAUGAGAACUAGUGCUUGGGAUGUUUUCUACUGCUUAAGCAAGAAGUAUAAAUGUGAUUAUUUCGGAAUAUUUCUGUCAUGGAAACCAGCCCUUGUGAUACAUUCGAAGGAACUUGCGAAGAAAGUUAUAGUGAAAGAAAGUGAUAGUUAUCAAGAUAGAUACGUCGCUACAGGCGUCGAUGCUGACCCUUUGGGAGCGCUGAAUUUAUUUACUAUCAAGAGCCCGAUGUGGAUGCAAAUGAGGCAUGAAAUAACACCAACAUUCACAAGCAUGCGAUUGAAGAACAUCACCGAAAUAAUGAACAUAAACUCCACAGAAGUAGUGAACAGGAUCCAGAAGGACCAUGUUGAUAGCAAUAAGCCUGUGGAUCUUAAGAAGCUAUUCUCCAUGUACACAUCUGACACAGUGGCGUACAACGUGUUUGGUAUUCAAGUGAGUUCCCUGAAGGAUCUGACCUCGCCUAUCUUCUUCAUCACCCGCUACAUGAUGAGGUGGACAUUUUGGAGAGGGCUGGAGUUCACCAUGAUCUUCUUCCUCCCCGCUGUUGCUAAAUUGCUCAGAUUAAAACUCUUUUCUCAAACUGCAACGGAAUAUACAAAAAAGUUGUACCGUGAAGUAGUUGCAGAGCGAGAGAAAACUGGUCAAACUGGCGACAAGGAUCUCGUUAGUCAUUUGUUGAAGUUAAACGCCAACUCAAAACUACCCGCCGAAUCUGGCUCACAAUUAUUGGAAAACUUGAUGAUGGCUCAGGCCGCUUUUUCCAUUCUGGGUUCUAUGGAAACGUCAUCUACAACCAUGUCGUAUGUACUGCACGAGCUAGCACAUCACCCUGACGAACAGGAAAAACUUUACGAGGAAGUGAGCGAAGCAUUGAAGGAAAGUGGCAAAGACGUUCUGGACUACGAUGACUUGUUGAAAGUCAAAUAUUUAACCGCGUGUAUUCAAGAAACUUUGAGAAUGCAUCCUCCGGUGCCACACUUGGACAGAAUGUGCAACAAAAAGAACCAGUUGACGGAUGAGCUAACAGUAGAAGCUGGUACGCCGGUGUUCGUGAACGUAGUGGCCAUCCAUUAUAACGAGGAAUAUUUCCCGGAGCCCGAGCAGUGGCGUCCUGAUAGGUUCAGCAACUCCACAGACACUGAUAAUCAUGAUUUCACCUUCAUACCGUUCGGUGAUGGGCCGAGAUUCUGCAUAGGUAAACGGUACGCCAUGAUGCAAAUACGAGCAGUAAUCGCUCAAAUUAUCAAGAAGUACAGAAUAGAGCCCGAUGGACCUCAGACUUGGCAGACGGACUCCUACAGCGUGUUCUUAAGGCCGAAGCAUGGCGGGAAGGUCAAGUUCGUUCCCCGGUCAUGAUAUAGAAGAUAUUAUUAUUCUAGUGUCAUAUUGUAAAUACAGAUAUUAUUAAUUUUAAUAUUAAUUUGAUGUUUAUUGAUGAAAUAUCUUAUAAAAAAUUGCAUCUAAUAAAAAUGCUAAUUGUACCAUGAUCAUUGAAAACUCAUAGAAAAUCGGCCAAGAAUUAACAAACCGCAGCCAAAUCGGUUCAUCCGUUUAAGUUCUACGGUACCACACACAGAUACAAACAACGAUCAAAAGUAAAGUUGUGUAACAAUUAAACUGUCGUUUUAUUUAUUGCAGCGGAACGAUAUAUUCUUACAUGAUCAUUUCACAGAUUAAUUCAACAUCGAAAUAUCAUUUUUUCGGUUUACCUUUAGCCGUGCCACUUUAAUCAAAACGUUGGUGCCGGCUACCAAUUGUCCGAUCGGGCGGUUGAUAGGGUAUCGAAAAAUGUCCCACAAUUACUAUGCAUGAAGAGAUAUCCAAUACAAUUUCCUAUUUUCCACCAGUGCUUUUAUUAACCGCUCCAUUUUGAAAACAAAAUAAAAAAGUUUUUAAUAAUUC